UUUGUUGGCAAAAGACAAAAAGGGAAAUUGGGGAGGAAGAAGGGAUUUGGCUCCUUAUAUUUUUCUAUAUUUUUUAGAAAAACAAUGCAACCUUUGAUUACUUUAUUACCAAAUGAGACGAUUGAAGAUAUCUUUAAAUUUGUCUCUUACAAAAAUUUAUGUUAUAAUAUUCGCCCAACAAAUUAUUUGUUUUCGCAACUUUCUGAUAAACUGAUUGAUCAACUUUAUCCUCGAGAAGUAUCGCUGACUAUAAAGGAUGGAACACAUGUUACAAAUUGCAUUAUUUCGAAUGCACCGCUGCUUAAAGUGGAGGCUAAUCAAUUUCGUACUUUUAAAACUCCGCGUCCUAUUCCAAAAGGACUUCCUCCUGCAAAUGUUAAAUUUGAUGAUAUCAGAAAUGACGGGCAAAUCACGGAGUUUCUCAAAUUUCUUGAACGUAUUCGUCCAUCGAUUGAUGCUUAUACAUUGGAAAUUAGUUCUUUUGGAAAAUUUAAUAAAUAUUUAAAUUCUGCUUGGAUUUCGUUGGAUGCUUUAUUUUUGAAAUUGCCGACAAGAUGUUUACACAUUUCUGUCGAGUGCAAAGAUGCAUUCCUUUCUAAUCAAUUUUUUUCGUGUCCAUUCGUUGCUCGCUGUUCAAGUUUACGAAUUCGAAGUGCUUUUCAAGGAUUUGAUAAUAUUGCUUUGGCUAAUUGGCUUUUAAACCUUACAUCGAAACGUAAACUUGUUAUUGAUGGAUUUUUUAAUGACCAGAAGGAGCCGUCAGACUUUGUUGGAAAUGUUAAGAUGUUGUUGAGUACACUUAAAGAGGAAAUAAUAAAGAAUCCUAAUCUUGCUCCACGUUUCGAAAUCAUCGUUCCCAGUAUUGGUGGUGAUUUCCCUAUUGAAGAAUAUUGUGUUGAAGGAAAAAUUCAUUAUUGUAAUGACCUUGGUCGCGGCAUAACUUCUUUUGGCCACCACGGCAUACAAAUCCUUGGACGGUUUCUAAAUCGAAGUUCAUUUAAACUUGUUUGCGGAAAUUAUGUUGCUAAGAAAUGUUCUGAAAAUGUUGAAUAUCAAUUGGUAGAACCUGAAGAUGACAAUAAUGCUGAAAUCAAAAAUAUUUUCAUUACAAAUAUUACUUUUGUUUAAAUUAAGGUUUUUGGAAAUUUUUAAAUUUUGGACAGUUUAUUCGGUUUUUCUGGGAAAAUUAUUUUUGGGAUUUUUUUUGAGUUUUUUGAUUGUAAUCUAUAUUUUUUGGUAAACUCUUUUUUGGGACUCUUUCCUUUGCUAUUCUAUUUUUCUAUUCUUUUAAAAUUAUUAUUAAUUAAUAAAUGUA